AGCCGGCAGUCGACCUUUUAACUAGUGAUAUUCCAGAUAUAGAAGUCCUAACUUCUAAUAAUAUAGAGCAAAAAAAGAGUCCAUUAUUAACUAUAGAUGAAUUAAUAAAGUGGUUAUCAAAACCUAAAAUAAAAAAUAAUAAAAAAAUUAGAUCGAAACUUAUACCUAAAACAGAUAAAGAGUGGUUCGAUUUAAUGGAAUUAGAUAAAGAUAAGGAUAGUGAACCAAAUGAUUCAGAAUAUGAUACAGCUGAUGAAGACCCAGAUGUAUAUUUCGAAAAAAUCAAAGAUCCAUAUAUUAAUAGGAUAUCGGAAGCUGAAAAAUUUAAUGAAGGUUUCUUUGAAUCAAUCGAAGAAAAGAUUGCUAAUGUUUACAAAAGAGAGUUAGCUUUAAAGGGUGGAUUAAAGGUAAGAAUUGUGUUAUAUGCAUAUAUGAAGAAAAUUAAACCGGAAACGCCAGAACCUAAAUAUAAAACUUUUCCAUUCAAGCAUGAAACUAUAGAAAUUAUUAGAGAAGAUCGAAUCAAUGCAACUAUAGAAAAAGGAUAUAAUGAAAUUAUAGACCAGAUUGAGGAUGAAGCAAUACAAGAAUCAGGAUGGUCAUUUGUUCGAGCAGAAGAGGUAAUUCUCGAGAUAAGCGCUUUUAGACCAUUGCAUGGAAGUAGUUAUUUACCUUUACCAGAAGCUUUGGAUAAACCUCAACUAGGAUUAAUUAACCCGCAAAACAGUAAUGAUAAUGAGUGUUUUAAAUGGUGUAUAAGUGCAUAUCAUAUAAGAGAAGAAGCAAUAAAAAAUAAUAGAAAGCCACCACAUCUUAAUGAAAUCCGUAGACUUAGACGAAAUGCAAAUAUAGCAAAUUAUGAAGGCAUAAAAUUUCCAGCAACAUUACACGAUAUUGAUAAAUUCAAAGAAAUUAACCCUAACUAUGCUAUUAAUAUAUUUAGACCAGUUUAUAGUGAAGCUUUUGGAAAAAUAAAAGUAGAUAUAGACCCAUUACAUAUUUCAGAACGAAAUUAUCAGGUCGAACAUAUGAUAGAUUUUUUAUAUUUAACAGAAAGUGAGGAGAAUUUAAAUGAUCGAAAAAAUCCUAAUGAUAUACCUGAAGGACUUAAAACACAUUAUAUUCUUAUAACAGAUUUUACUCGAUUGAUGCAUAAAUGGAAUAAUCAUCAUGAUAAAAAAUACUUUUGCCGAAAAUGCUUACGAUUUCCUUAUAGUCGACUAGAUUUAUUAGAAAAGCAUAUUCCAACAUGUACAGGAGCAAGUAAAGCGCCACAACGAUUAAUCCUUCCUGAAGAGGGUAAGAAUUAUGUAAAACCCAAGUAUAUCAAAAAUAUGUUAAUGAAGCCUUAUUUAAUUAGUAUGGAUUUAGAAGCAGAAGAAGUCAAAGUAGAGGAAAAAGAUAAAGAAGGAAAUACUAUAAAAAUAGCGGAGCAAAAAGCAGUUUCAUAUGGAUAUACAAUACAUUGUUCAGAUGGAACAACACAAAAGCCAGUAAUUAAUCGAGAGUCAGAAAAUAUAAUAAAAGACUUAAUGGAAAAUCUUCAAGAAGAUCUAGAUGUUAUUUUAGAUAAGCUUCGUAUUCCAAUUCCAUGUGAAAAAAUGACGCCUGAAUUAUGGCGAAAAUAUCAAAUGGCAAGUAAAUGUUGGGGAUGUGAAGAAAAUUUACAUGAAGCUGGAUAUAAUAAAAUUCGUGUAUUUGAUCCUGAAACUAAAAAAUACUUGGGUGCUUCACAUAGAAAAUGUCAUGGAAAAAGAUCAAUGAUUAAAGGUAAGUUAGAUGACGAACAAAAGAAAAUGCAUGAUGCAUAUAAAAAAUGUAUGUAUUGUAAAACACAAUUACCAGAUGAGGGAAAAAAUCGACUUCAAUUUAUUGAUAGUUUAAAAUUUUCGUUACCUGGUUUAGCUAAGAUGGCAGAAAAUUUACGUGACGAAAAGAAGGGCCAAACUAAAACACCAGAACAACUAGCCAAAUGUUUUCCAAUUAUGUCAAAAUUUAUCUCACCUAAUUUGUUAUCAUUGCUUACGCGUAAAGGAAUUUUUCCAUAUCAAUGGUUAAAUAGCAAAACAAAAUUUAAUGAAACACAACUACCUUCACGUAAGGAUUUUAAUAGCGAUUUAGAUGGAUAUAAUUAUUGCGAGCAUGGGUGUGAAAACAAAGAAUAUCAAUGGAUACUUAAUGAUGAAGGUGAGCGUGUCUUAAAAAAUACUAAAGUUAUAGGUAAGUGGAAGGAUGAGAAUGGAGGAGAUCGAGCUAUUGGCUAUGCAGGAGUUCUUUUAUUUUUGAAUAUGUCUACUGACCCGACCCCCCAAAAUAUUUCAUGUCUCAAAACUCUCGCAUUGAAUAUUCUUAAGAAUAGCUCCCCGGAUGUUAUUGCAAAAGAUGUUGAAAUUCCAGAACUAGAUCCAUGCUCAAGGUGUAAAGAAGAGCUUUUUUUGUAUGAAUUUAAAAAACCAUUUACGACACUUAUCUGUGGCCACAUAUUUCACCGUCGUUGUCUUGAGGAUUAUGUAAAAGAUCUUCCGCAAUGCCCUAAAUGUGCAAUAGAAAUUGAAUCUAUUGAUUAUACGCAUUAUUCUGGCACUUUUGAGCAAA